AUGGCCGCCCUCCGAUCCUCUUCUCGAAUUGUCGGCGCCGUCUCAAGGACGGCUGCCCUUCGACCCGGAGCUGUCUUCUCUCGCUCCAUGGCCUCGGUCGGCGAGGCUCCUCAGGAGCCCAAGCCCAACAUGAAGUCCUUCCAGAUCUACAGAUGGAACCCCGAUACCCCCAGCGAGAAGCCCCGUCUCCAGACCUACACCCUGGACCUCAACAAGACCGGACCUAUGAUUCUUGAUGCCCUCAUCCGCAUCAAGAACGAGCUCGACCCUACCGUGACUUUCCGACGAAGUUGCCGUGAGGGUAUCUGUGGUAGCUGCGCCAUGAACAUCAAUGGCCAGAACACCCUUGCCUGCCUGUGCCGAAUUCCUGCCGAGUCUUCAUCUGAUGUCAAGAUCUACCCUCUUCCUCACACCUACGUCGUCAAGGAUCUCGUCCCCGACUUGACGCACUUCUACAAGCAGUACAAGAGCAUCAAGCCCUACCUCCAGCGCGAGACCCCUGCCGAGGACGGACGUGAGUACCGACAGACCAAGGAGGACCGCCGCAAGCUCGACGGUCUUUACGAGUGCAUUCUCUGCGCCUGCUGCUCUACCUCGUGCCCGUCUUACUGGUGGAACUCUGAGGAGUACCUCGGACCCGCCAUCCUGCUCCAGUCUUACCGAUGGCUCGCCGACUCUCGUGAUGAGCGCACAGCCGAGCGCAAGAACAACCUCGAGAACUCGAUGAGCCUGUACCGUUGCCACACCAUUCUCAACUGCACCCGAGCCUGCCCCAAGGGUCUUAACCCUGGUAAGGCGAUCGCCGAGAUCAAGAAGCAGAUGGCUCUCGGCAACUAA